GAACAAGACCCCAUUGCAAGAGUACUCCCUUUGCAAAAGCCCAAGAAGGGAGCGAAGAGGAAGAAGAAGAAGACGGCACCAUGGCGGCGGCUCAUGCGGCAGCGGCGGCGUCCCCUACCCACCGCGCGUCCUCCCAGGCGACGUCGACCCCGCCCUACCCCAGCGCGGCCAGGAUCGCUGACUCCUCCUGCUUCCCGCAGUACACCGCCUCCCUCAAGUGUUUGGAGAGCAACCAGAACAAGAGCAAGUGCCAGCAGCAGUUUGACGACUACAAGGAAUGCAAAAAGAAAGAGAGGGAGGCUCGGCUUGAACGAAACCGAAGCCGAACAUUGUUCGGAUGAGAAAUUCGAGCGCCAAUUUGCAGUGGAACUGUUAGAGCUGACAGCGAGUGAAAUCAUGGCUUGUUUUCUUUUGCGAGGGAAAUCAUGACUUGUUUGAUUUCCAGCUGAUGUCUCUUUAACUUAUGAAAGGUACUUGAUAUAAUAGUGGAUCACUUCUCCAAUAAAAUGCUACUUCCAGAAACGCUUGUAUAUCGAACGCCCAAAACAAUGCCGUCUCAUCCAGAUUGUUUUAUCCAUAUCCUUUGUAUUUCAAUGCUUAUUGUUAUUUCGAUGGCAUACUGAAUCCCAAGAGA